GGAAUUUCUACCUAAUUAAUUACUACGUUUGGUUUUAAAAAAUAUAAAUUCUAUGACAUAUAUGUUACAUAUAUUCUAUUGAACUUCUUGAAGUGUAAUCAUUGGUUACAUUAUUGAUAUUUAGUCAAAUCAACUCUAUAUUUACUUGUAUUAGCAACAAUAUUAUACUCAGUGAUUACAUUUAUAUAUAUAUAUAAAUACUGUAAUAUCAAUUCUAUUCAUCUUUUUGUUACCUUCUGAUUCUGUGCCUAUCAAAGAAAGUCAAUAUAUAUUAUCAUGUCACGUAAAUCAAUUCAAAAGAAUGCAUUAAGUAAUUCGGUACCAUCAUUCAAAGAAACCAAUUAUGAUAUUCAUGAAUUAAUUUAUUUUAAAUGUCCUGGAAAAUUAUUUAUACAACGUACAUUAAAACCAAAUGAAGAAUUUAAUAAAGAAUAUAUGAAGAAAUUAAUUAAUAAAAAACAAACUAUUCAAUCUCAAGAACGUAUGAUUUAUUUAACAGAAAAUGGUUUAAGAAUAAAAGCUUAUAAAAAACCAACAAAUUCAUAUAAACGUUUAUAUUUAGGUUAUGAACAAAUUGAAAUAAUUUAUAUAUCAGAAGGUACCAAAAAUAUUCUUGUAUUAGGUAUUAUUAGUAAAAAUCAACAAAUACGUGCUUAUGAAUGUACAAAAAUUAAAGAUGAUGAUGAUUUUAAAACUUUGUGUAGAUUACUUGUUCAAGCAUGUGAAAAUAGUGAAAGAAAAUUAAUUGAAUUAAAUCCAAUUGGUACAUUAUCUAUGUCAUCAUUAUAUGAUAAUAAAAGAUUUAAUCAUGGAUCACUUGGUUCAAUUGUAUGGACACAAUCUAAUGAUAUUGAUAAUGAAUUACAAAGUCAAUUAGAAAAUCGUUUAUAUCAAAAUGAAUUAAUAGAAAAUGAAAAUGAUGUACAUAAAAUGGUGUCACAAUAUUCACAAAAUGAUUCAGUAACUAGUAUUAUAUCAUCAAUUUUAAAAAAUGAAAAAGGAUCUAAUGAAAAUAUGAAUAGUAAAAUUGAAUCAAGUGAUACAGAAGGUAGUGAUCCAGUGAAACACUAUAAUGGAAUAAACGGUGAUUUUAAUGACGUAACCUAUGAAGAUGACUAUGAUGAUGAUGAUGAUGAUAAUGAUAAUAUUAAUAAUAAUAAUAAUAAUCGUUAUGCUUCAGCGAUUUACAAAGCGGACGCUUACGUUGAACCUAUACUUACGCCAAUAUUUCAUGCAGACGAUGAAUCAGCAAAGUUAUAUUAUAGAACAGGUUAUGAGGGUGAUUCAUAUGAGGAAAAUUAUGAAGUGACAGAUUUGUAUCCACCAUCUAAAUGGCCAGCUGGAGUUACCUUUAUUUGUCCAGACUCUAAAUCUGGUGCAACUAUCGCACAUCUUGGACCUGUUUAUUUAUAUUCUGAAAGAUUUGUCGAUGUUGACAAUGACUGUAUUGAGAAUCAGACAUCAGCCUAACAUUAUAAUUUAAUGAAAAAUUAAAUGAUUCGUUACUUAACUGUGUUUUUUUUAAAUAUAGCUUGUAAAUUUG